GGCGCAGGCCAACAAUUCCAAUACGUAUUGGGUAGUACCACCUCUCCCACUACUCAGGUAAAGUAAGUAACCGUAUUCCAAAACUAAUCCAGUGAAGUCGUUCGGACAGGUUGUUGUGAAUAGAAGUGAAUAAAGUGUAGAAUAACGCAAGGCUCUUGAAUGAGAUGUUGUUCUACAGCAUUCUAGUCGCAUUAGUGGCGACUGCUGCAGCUGUUCCCGCCAAGCAGAACGUCACUGAAUGCAUCCCCAAUUGUUCCUGCAUCACGCGGCACACGACUCUAACUAUCAAGGAAUGCAAAGGAGUACUUACCUUGGAUAAAAUCACGUUUAAAAAUCUUAAAAAAUCCGGCAUUGAUACCUUAGUUAUCGACACCGAACACAUAAACACCAUUGACGCAAACGUGUUCGAGCAAUUUUCCCAAUUCUACAGCGUAGUUAUAAAGAAUGCCAAAAUUGGAGUUAUCAACCCCAAAGCGUUCGCCAACAUCAUAGUGUUGAGCUUCGAAAACUGCGACUUCGAAGACGAACCCGAAAUUUAUUCGGAACAUUUGGAGGAGCUGAAGUUCGUCGACUGCAGACUGUCGGAAGUCCCAACCCUCAAUUGCCCCCAAUUGACCUACCUUAAUUUGACGCGUAAUUUCAUCAAAGAAGUCGACGUCGCCUCCUUUGCCAUGCUGCAAUCGUUGGAGGACCUCGACUUAUCUCAGAACCAAAUCUCUAAAUUCCCAGACAAUGUCCUCAUAAACAACAGGGAUUUGAACACUUUAUAUAUUGACAACAAUCCCCUUACUUACUUUGGAAUCAACACAACCAACGACAUCGAGCUUCUGUCCCUCAAGGGGUGCCAGCUGACGAAAUUCAACCAGAACGCCACCAGGUACUUGGAUUAUUUAACUGCCUUGUACUUGAACGACAACCAAAUCGAUAUGAUCGAAGGCAUCGACAUGGCGUUCAUGAGCAGCCUGGAGAUCUUCGACAUCUCCAACAACAAACUGCAAAAACUUAACCCCGACGUCUUCGAAAACAACACGAAACUCAAAAAAAUAUUCCUCGACGGAAACGACCUGAAGUUCCUACCCUUGUUCGUCACCGCCCAAGGCAGAAAAUUCGAUACCUACAAGUUCUCCUGCAGGCGUUGUUCCUUGUCCCAGAAGCUCCACCCUCUGGUAUUUAAACAGUUGUCCGCCCUCAGUGAACUGUACUUGAGCGACAAUUAUUUGGCCAACGUUAACGACAGCUUCAGCUUUUUGCACAGCUUGAAAAUUCUGGACCUUUCCAACAACUUAAUCGGUGACAUCAGCGAGUCCGCCUUCAAGAACAACCAAGAGCUGGACACCUUCUACUUGUCGGGCAAUCAACUUUCCUCAGUUGAUCCUAAAGUGUUUGAAUACAACAUCAGAUUGUUGGUAUUGGAUAUGAGCAACAACUCCCUGGCGACUCUGUGGCGUACCAACUCAACGGCGUUGAAGUCAAUCGACAAGUUCGUCGUAAAGAAUAACAAACUGAGAACACUGACAACGGAUGACUUAAAUGUGACCCCCAAUGUGCACAUAUUUGACGUGGAAGGAAACAGCUUCGAGUGCAGCCCAGCUUUGAUUGACUCCUUGCUGUGGCUCAAAAAGAAGUCGGUGUUCGUCAACGAACAAAUCACCCACAUGGACAUGACCAUGGACGAACAAUUCGACGAGGACGUCGAGAAGGCGUACUCCUGGAAGCACAUCCUCCAAGCCUGCCCCAACUUGAAGAUGUUGUUCGAACAGCAAGAAGCCGACAACGCUGACGACGAUGACGACGACCUCGGCCUCGACGACGACGACGACACCGAGGACUUCACCCUGAACAACGAGCUGGAUGACAAGUUGCCGUUGAAGGAGGACGACGAGGACGACGACUACUACGACAAUUACGACGACCUAGGCUCUAAGCCUAGCAAACCUGAGUUGGAAAGCGUCCGCGAUCUGAAAGACGAAACCGUCGAGGCAAUCGAAGACAUCCAUUACGCCUACAUCUUCUCCGUCUCCUUGGUGUUCAUCAUAACCGCUUUGCUGGUGCUCUGCAUCGCCGUCACCAUCACCCUGUUGGUGUUGAAGAAGAACGGCACCUUCAACAUACACAGAGGGAACAUACCCAGGAUCAAGAUCCCGACUUGGAGCACCGCCACCGGUUUGAAGAAGCACAGCGGCUCAAUUUACCGUCCACUUUCGGAAGAUUUCUCCGCCCAAAUACCGCAGCCCAAACACUACGAGUUCAGUGCAGCUCCCACAGUUCAUUCCACACAGUCCUAAAAUGGUUUUUUUGUCUUUUAAUUUUUAUUUAUAAGUCUGUCAAAAACUGUGAAUUACUUUUAAUAUUGUAUUAUUUUAUUAAUUAUUGCGCUUAUAGUUUAGAGUAUUACUGUACGACUAGGAACUGUGUUAGAACACCAUGUUAUUAACCCAUUAGUGCUCACAUAAUUGCCUUUAUUUACUUGUAAUUUAAUUGUUUUUUCACCUAGUACUUCUUGCAGCUAUUGAUGGGUUAAAAUUAUUCAUACAAUUGCCAUAUAUCAGUUAUUUAAAUUCCACGGUUAAAAUCUAUUGUAGAAAUAGAAAAUAAUAUAAGUUCUAAACGAA